UUAUCCAUACGAUUCUUCUCUUCCUCUCCUCCACUCAUCUUCUUCUGUGAAACAAUGGCAGCGCUGUUACUGCCCCAAAGCUCCACCAUUCUUCCUCUAAUCACUGCUCCCAAACUCUUCACUCCUACCUCUAGCUCUAUUCCUUUGUUUAGAAAGAGAUUUGCAAGAAUUUCAUGCAAAAGAUCUCAACUUUGGAGAGUUUCAGCUGUAGGUGAAGAGGCUUUGUCUUCAGAACCAGUGAUAGAGAAUGCUCAGCAAGUAGUUCCUUCAGGCAAUGAUGAUAUAAGUUCCUCCAUUGUCUCUACAUUGCUCCUCAUUGCUUUUGUUGGUCUUUCCAUUCUCACCAUUGGGGUUAUCUACUUGGCAGUGACUGAUUUCUUGCAGAAGAGAGAAAGAGAGAAGUUUGAAAAAGAAGAGGCUGCCAAGAAGAAGAAGAAGAAUGGGAAGAAGGGGAAGGUUAAGUCAAGGGCUGGUCCUAGAGGUUUUGGACAGAAGGUUGCAGAAGAUGAUGAUGUUGAUGACUGAGGAUGAGAUUAAGCUUUGUUCAAAUUAAUCUUUCAUAAAAAAGUUCAGUUUUUUUAUUAUUGGAUGAUUAUAUAUACCUUCAAAUCAAUGCACAUCACCAUUCAAAAGGAAUAUGUUAAAUGUCAACUAUAUAUUGUAGAAUGGAGGACAUUCUUAUGCUUAAUAAAUUGCAGAUUUGAAUUGAGUGAUGUUAUUUUUAUGAGACUUCUUGUCAA